AUGAACUCAUAAUUACAAUUAAAUAAACCAUACAAACCCUAAGGAGAUGUUGAGGAUGUUCAGAUUAGAGACUUUUCAGUCUAAUUUAAGCCACAAAACUCAAUUUGUAAAUUUAAGAUGACACAAAGGGUGGAUUUUAUAUCAACAUUUUACACUGGCAAUAUACCUUCAUUAUAGAAAACUCCAAUUAGAGGAAUACUUAAAUAAUGA